CUUCGUUGACUUCACCGCCAGGCAAAAGCUGCACCCCCAGCUCUUCAGAACCCGCUAAGCCUUGCUGUCAUCGACGUUGGAGUUUGAGGUGGUCAAGGAAAGCUCGUCUGACACACACCAUCUUACGGGUUACUUGGGCCACUGCGCAGGCGGCGGUCAUCGUCGAUAUCUCUUGAGAGGGCAUCUCAGAAGCUGCGGGCGUCAAGCGAUUCAUCUCCAUCUUUUCUUCAUUAGACGCUCGACCAUCCACGACCUCUCCUCUUUGCUAUCAUGGCGACUGUGAGUCUUCCAGGUGGUGUGCUCUCUGUGUCUCCACUCCCGAGUAGCAAUCUCCCCUCAUCGACUCCAUCCUUGUCGACCCCCACCUCUACGUCCUCCGCUCCUACAUCGUCCUCGUCGAAUGGAAUUCUCCCACUCUUCUUCAACACUGUCCCUGAAAUGUGGACAUGCGGUGCAGCGGUCGUCACCUGGAAUUACCUCGGAUCCUCUUCCGGACUUCGACUGGUCAUCACGGACAGCGACGUUACCCAACAAUCACCGCCCACGAACACGCAGAGCGAUGGUGUAGCUCGCCCCGCACGGCGGGACACAUUGUCCAUCACACAAACUAUCGGCACAGACCUCGACCCAUCUUUAAGUAAUUGGACAUGGACCCAAGUCGAUGUUCCUCAGGGGUGGUAUGUGCUACAGGCUUCCAUCGCCUCCUUGUCAUCGCAGUCGGAGUCUUUCUUCGUCCACAAUGGCACCGAUACGUCGUGCGUCAUCGGUUCUGCCCCUUCACCCUCUUCUGCGUCCGCAACUAUAUCCGCAUCAUCAUCGACGUCGCCUUCUCCCUCCACGUCUGCGAUUCUCGUCUCAGGAUCGUCCAAAAGCUCACAUGCCGGUGCCAUCGCAGGCGGUGUCGUGGGCGGUGUCGCCUUCGUGGCCGCAGUACUCGCAGCGAUUUUGUUCUGGCUGUGCAGGCGUCGUCCAACUCGUGGACGGGCUCGGGUCCUCGGCGCGGAGGCCGGACACAGCGGUAGUAAUGGGAAAUGGAACGGACUGGCCACGGUGACCGCCCGUUCCCUCAAGAAAGCCAAGCACACGUCAGACAGCGGCGAUGGCCUGUCAAAAAACAUGCACGACCCGUCUCCGAGCGCUCGAGCGUCUCAACUCGGGCGUACACCCAUUGGGUCAGACGAGGAAAUCAAUUCUAUCGCCGAGGAAAAGAUGAUCGUUGCGGAUGGCGAAGCACCCGUCCCGCCGCAUUACUAUCUCCCGCCUACCAAACGCACAUCUUCCUCUUCCUCAGUCGCCACCGCCAACUACCGCUCCCGCCCCUCUUCCCAGCGUGCCUUGUCUUCCCCAGAACCCCCGCGGAACGGGCACCACAGUUCAAAGUCGAUCGAGGCCAUCGCCCACGCGCGUCUAGGCCGGCCGAUCUCCUAUGCGCCAGGCGCUGCGUCUCCCGAAAUGAUUCCCCUUGAGCGCUCCGGGUCAGGUUCGGCGGCCGCAGCGCGCCGUGCAGCACGCAAGCCUGUCCCCCAAUACGAUUACUCAGAGUUUGACGAGCCCGCGAGCCCGCCGCUCGCAAUGACCGCGUCCGGUUCGCCAGAGAGCAUGUUCGAGGGCACGCUCACCAACGCGUCAAACUCGUAUCAAGGGCAUGGGGCCUUUCCGUCGAAGAUCACAUUCGACGAUACCCCGACGCUGCACCACCAAGCCAGCUUCGGCAACAUGCGCCCGAUGCACGUCAUGAUGCCAGAUAUGCCCCCGCCCAUGAGAGAUUAA